UUUUUUUUUUAUAUUCUCCUCCCUGAGCAUAGACACUUAAAAAUAAGAAGUAUUUAUUUUUAAAAGAAAGUCUAUUCCAAAAACAGAAGCGAAUAUCGAAGUGGGUUCUUUUUUUGCAUUAGCCGUCCCAGUGCACCUCUUUUUUUAACCAUCGUCUUUUUUCUGUCAUUCAGAAAUGGGCCGCAAAAAGAUCAAGAUUCAACCCAUUAAGGACGAUCGUAACCGACAAGUUACGUUUCUGAAACGUAAACAUGGUCUCAUGAAGAAAGCCUACGAAUUGAGCGUGUUGUGUGAUUGCGAAGUUGCGUUGAUUAUUUUCAAUACCAAUGGCAAAUUGGUUCAGUAUGCUAGUACUGAAAUCGAUAAAAUAUUAAUGAAGUACACCGAGUAUAACGAGCCUCAUGAAAGCAAGUCCAACCAUGAUUUUGCUAAUGCGGCUGAUCAAGAAGAAAACAAGUUGGAUGAUGGAGAUGACGAACAAGGGGUGGUUGGCUCGGAUACCGAUCACUCACAUCCAGCCAUUAAAAAGGAAAUGACCGCGACAACUGUACCAACGCAAGUAGCACAACAUCAUCCACGACCGGCUCCACCGCCAGGUCCUCAUGUGGGUCAUAUUCCGCAUCCGCAAAACGCUCCCAUGUUAUAUUAUCAACAACAGCAACAACAGCAGCACCAACAUCAACAACAACAACAACAGCAACAACAACAACAACAGCAGCAGCAACAACAACAACACCUUCGGUUCAGCGGAUUUCCGAUGCAUCACCACCCACAUCAUCCGCAGCAGCAUCCCCAUUUAGCUCAAGGCAUGCCGAUACCGCCUUCAGGAUACGAAGUAUACAAUUUACCGCAGCAUCAACAACAACCAAUGUACAUGGUUCACAAUGUGGGAGGUGGUCCACCUCAACCGACGGCAACACCACCUGCUGUUCCAUCCAUGCAUUAUGCACCGGUGGUCGAUCACUCAUACGCUCAGAUGGCCGCGUCACCUUCACCGCAACCUUCGCACAGUCGACAGCAAUCGGCUUCGUAUCCGUCCCCGUAUCCUGCGCCUGUUGUUUCGUCAAUGCAUACGCCUACUCACAGUGGUGUGUCUUCACCUAAUUUCGCCAAUGCCAGUCCGACGGGAUCUUCCAACAGCAAGAAACCGCCUAAACUUCGCGUGCAAAUACCUACGGAAAGCGAGACGACGACGGCUGCGCCUCAACAACAUCACCAGCGAAACCAAUUAUCGGUGUCUUCCGUGUCAUCGACGGGAUCCAACAUUCAAGCUGAUCAACAGCAACCUUCACAGCAACAACAAGCAUCUAAUCAGGAAACGUCUGCCCCGGUCCAAUCGUCUACGGCAACGUCAUCUUCUACGUCAUAUCGUAAUAAUGAAUCCGGGCCGCCUUCCGCUUUGCCAUCCCAAUUUGCGCAGAAUUUGCCGUCACCGUCAACAUUUUAUCCUGAAUUCUAUCAACAGAGCGAGCUUCCGAGUCCGUUGAACUUUUCAGCCACACCCACCGUGAGUGGCGCUCCUGGUGGCGCUUUCCACUGGCCCCCGCCGCCGCGCGAUUACAAACCAUCUCCACUGGCUAAGCUUGGAAGGUAAGAAAACAAUGGGGAAGCUGGGUGGACGGGAAUAAAGUAAAAGACUAACGUAUUGAAUAGUGAUAAUUAUAACAAGCGACCGGCUGAAGAGGAAGAGGAAGAAGAGGACGCGAAAGAAGCGAAAAAAACGAAAACUGUGUCAUAAUGCAUACCCUCAUUUUCCUGUCAUUUUGUCCUCUUCUUCAAGUUCUGUACAUAUAGACUUUUUCAAUAACAACAGCGUUGUGACAAAGCUUUUUUUUUUCUCUUAGUGUCCUGGAAAAAAACUCCAGGUUUCUCAGCAUUUUUCGCAAUAAAAACUCUUUCACCGCGGUGCGCUUUUUUUGGUUGGCAGCGCGUUCUUUUGGAUUGCAUAUAAAACAGAAAGGGGG